AGGCCAGGCCCACCUUCCAGUCUCAGGGGAGACCCCUGCUGGGGUGGGCCAGGUGACAGCAGGAGGCCCCUGUUGGACAUUUGCCGGCCUUGAGUGUCUUUUUCUCGGCGCACACGUUGUUUACUUCAAUAUUUAUGUGGCACUUACUGUAUGCUGGGCACCGAGCCACAAGCAGCUCAUUUUACCUUUCCUUCUAAGCAGCCUGGGUGGGUCCAGAGAGACUGACUGAGCCACCUGGUGGAAAUCACACGGCACCGCAGAGUUCUUGAGCACUUGGGCAGUGAGGUUUUAGGAGGUGAUAGUUGUGAGGUCAGGGGGCUCUUGAGGUGCCUGCCAGGUCCCGUGGGGACAGCCUCCCGGACAGGGCAAAGGGCCUGGGUCUUGUUCACACCGGGGCAUCUGAAUUUACUCUGGAAGGUGCCAGGCAGGGCGGUAGGUGGCAUCUGGCGGCCAGUGUGGUGACCUGCUUGUGAGGGAGGGCGGGGCUGACGGGAGGUCCCUGACCUGCUCCCUGGUCCCCUCUGGCCUCUGCCUCGCCCCAGAUCCCAGCUUUCCGUGCAAGGCCGCUUCUGGGGCCUGUUCUCCCCCAGGCCCCUAACCCUUCUCCCUUGUCUUUCAUCACCUUUUCUUCUAAUCAUCCUCCCUCCGUUGAGCCUCCUCUGUGCGUCUUCCCUCGGUCCUAUCCUGUACACAAAGCCUGGCUCUGUCCGCCACCUUCCCUCCUGUUCCCCUUAUUCUUCGCUCCUCUGCUCUGUGACCCUGGAGCAGGGCGCCAGGCUGUGCUCAUCGAGAGAGAGAGGAGGAGGCUCGGAGGAGGCUCGGUGGACAGCAUGGCCUCCCAGGGGGCUCCUGCCUGCCGGCUACCCUUGCCCAGAGGGCUUGGGACCCAUUCACAGUUCGACUGUGGUGUCACUCAAGGGGUUUCUGUCACUGGGCUCAGGACUGAGCUUGCUGGUGCAGCUGCAGCGUGGCUCAGGACCUGGCGUGGAGGUGACUAAAGGGACACAUGCGUGGCAGGCCCUCUUCUGAGUGCUGCUGAGUGCCAAGGCUCUGCACAUGCACCUGCAUGCUAGCGCCUGCCUCAGUCAGGUCCUGCACAGGUCUAGCACCCAGCCCUGGACACCUUAGUUCCUGUGGUUGUACACAUGGGAUGGGAGAAAUGAGUCAGGUGUCAUGCAUGUGACUAAUUUCACAGAGGAUAGGAGACGUGAAGAAUGGAGGUUUUUCCCUGUAUGACAGUGACCCCAGGGGUGGGCAGUCAGGAGACAGAGGUGUCAUGCAGAGCAGUCAUGUGCAAAGGUCCUGGGGUAGGGACCUGUGGUUCUUCUCUAGAGCUGAGAGGAGGCUCGGAUUGUGAGCCAGGCAGUGUAUGGAGGCUGGUGGUGCUGCUCCAGGGGCCCUUGGCAGAGUCUGAUUGAUCUGAAGUGUUGGGGAACCUAGAGGGGCUUUUCAGGGUGCAGCAGACUCCCGUUUUCCACCAGAGACUCUCAGAUGGGGGUGGCAUAGAUGCAAGAGGCCAAGGCUGACCUGAGGGUGACAUGUUUGGGACUUACGGCAUAGCUGUUGGGAACCUAUCCUUCCCUGUCUUCUGCUGCAGCUGCUCUGCCCUUCACCAUCCUGACCCUGGUGAACACCCCGUACAAGCGAGGGUUUUAUUGUGGGGAUGAAUCCAUCCGCUACCCCUACCGCCCAGACACCAUCACCCACGGACUCAUGGCCGGCGUCACCAUUACGGCCACUGUCAUCCUUGUCUCCAUGGGGGAAGCCUACCUCGUCUACACAGACCGCCUCUACUCCCACUCCGACUUCAACAACUACGUGGCUGCCGUCUACAAGGUGCUGGGGACCUUCCUUUUUGGGGCGGCAGUGAGCCAGUCGCUGACUGACCUGGCCAAGUACAUGAUCGGCCGCCUGCGUCCCAGCUUCCUGGCCAUCUGCGACCCCGACUGGAGCCGAGUCAACUGCUCCAUCUACGUGCAGCUGGAUGUGUGCAGGGGCAGCCUCGCCAACGUCACAGAGGCCAGGCUGUCCUUCUACUCCGGUCACUCCUCCUUCGGGAUGUACUGCAUGAUGUUCUUGGCGCUCUACGUGCAGGCCCGGCUCUGCUGUAAGUGGGCGCGGCUGCUGCGGCCCACGGUCCAGUUCUUCUUGGUGUCCUUCGCCUUCUACGUGGGCUACACCCGCGUGUCUGACUACAAACACCACUGGAGUGACGUGUUAGUCGGGCUCCUGCAGGGGGCGCUAGUGGCCUGCCUCACUGUCUGGUACAUCUCAGACUUCUUCAAAGCCCGGCCCCCCCAGCCCUGCCUGGAGGAGGAGGAGGAGGUGGCACGCAAGCCUAGCGUGUCGCUGACGCUGACCCUUGGUGAGGCCGAGUGCAACCACUACGGGAUCCCGGUGUCCUCCUCCUGAGCUGGGGCCACAGGCCAGCUUGCUCAUGGUCCCUCUGCCCUCAUGGUGGGCAGUGCAGGCUGUGGAUGGGUCCAGGUCCCUGCAGACUGCAGUGGUGAGCAGAGCCCCCUGACCCGCUCAUUCUGGGCCGGGGUCUGUGCCUGGCCAGCCCUCGUGCUGCUGCGGGGUUGGGGGCCCCGGGAAUGGACUGGCACAGCUUCUGCAGGGCACGAUGUGCCUGUGGGUUUCUACGUAGUCUCAGAGCACCAGGGUUAGCCCGGGACUGGCACACAAGGGCCUGCAGGUGGUGGCUCAGGACUUGUGGAGCGUGGAGCGGAGCUAAGUCGUGUCCAGCUCACCGCAGCUGCACCAAGGUCCACGGUGACCCCUGUGGCCCUGACCCUCCACUGCCGAGCAGACGUGAGCACUUAGCCACACUUCUGAAGCUGGUGCCGGGGGUUGGUGACCCCUAACUGUGCCAGAACUUUAAGGCUUAUGUUUUCGGUGGGUAGGUGAGCCAUAAACUUAUUUUUUACCAAA